CUUCAUGGAGCGGUCGCAGAGCCGCCUCAGCCUCUCCGCCUCCUUCGAGGCCCUGGCCAUCUACUUCCCCUGCAUGAACAGCUUCGACGAGGAGGACGCGGAUGGGGAUGGUCGGAGACUCAAAGGAGCCAUCCAAAGGAGCACAGAAACUGGGCUGGCUGUUGAAAUGCCCAGCCGGACCGUCCGUCAAGCCAGCCAUGAGUCCAUUGAGGACAGCAUGAACAGCUAUGGAUCAGAGGGAAACUUGAAUUUCAGCGGAGUCCAUCUGGCAUCUGCUGGGCAGUUUAGUGACUUCCUGGGGAGCAUGGGCCCUGCACAAUUUGUUGGGCGUCAGACCUUGGCCACCACCUCAAUGGGGGAUGUGGAAAUUGGCUUGCAAGAGCGAAAUGGGCAGCUAGAAGUGGAUAUCAUUCAGGCUCGAGGACUGACACCAAAACCCGGCUCCAAAACACUGCCAGCUGCUUACAUCAAAGCUUACCUGCUAGAGAAUGGCGUGUGCAUUGCGAAAAAGAAGACAAAAGUGGCUCGCAAAUCAUUAGACCCUUUGUACAAUCAGGUGUUACUGUUUGCUGAGAGCCCCCAGGGCAAAGUAUUACAGGUGAUAGUCUGGGGAAACUAUGGACGCAUGGAGCGCAAGCACUUCAUGGGAGUUGCCAGGGUCCUCCUGGAAGAACUGGAUUUGUCAACUUUAGCAAUCGGCUGGUACAAGCUCUUCCCAACCUCCUCGAUGGUAGAUCCCACUACAGGCCCGCUCCUGCGUCAGUCCUCACAGCUUUCCCUGGAGAGCACAGUGGGACCCUGCUGUGACAGGUCUUAGAGAGUAAGGAAGGGGGAACUGCUUUUGUUUUUUAAACAUGCUGUCAAGGUUUUGUUUGCUGGAACUCUGACCUCAAGCGCAAUGCAUGUUCAAUCAGUUCUUGUGGAGCUGGAAGAGGAGGAUAAACCAGUGACCUUAGACAGAA